AUGACGCCGCGCAACAAUCUAGCUUCAUCCUCUCUACAAGCUGCGCACAACAUCCCUUCUUACGACUUGCCCUCGCAUGCGCUGCUAGACGUUACGGGCGAUUGCAAGCCUUCGUUGCACUUUGCUCCGUUGCAGGAGAGCAUCAAGCAGUUUGGAGAUGCGAUCGAUCGAUGGGUCAGCAAGACUUUCAACGAGUGGCAGGAUGAGAAGCUGGGAAAUGAACAGAGGGAGAUGGACCUUGUCAGAGAGAUCAAGGAAAAGGAAAAGCUGAUUCAGGAGGCUAAAAUAGCUCAGGGUCAAUUGUAUGCUGAAAUCGCCUCGGAGCGCGAAGCCGAUUCUUCUGCGCGUCAGGAGCUUCGGGAUCUCGAGAGGCGUUUGGCCAGCGUGAAUGCGCAAUGCGAAUCCGCUUCCAAGGAGUUGGCCGAGGUGGAGGAGAAGCUGAAGCGGAAAAGGUCGGAGAAGCUGGACGACAGGGAGAUCAUCAAGCGGCAACAGGAGAGCAACACGGUCGAGUUGAACCAUCUUGAAAGGUGCACUGGGCUGAGGAUCGAAGGUACGAAACAGGCUUCGACGGUACGCUACGUCUGGUCGCUCGUCAAUCCCGACGAGUACGGAGAGGAAGUGGAGGCGGUGGUGGACCUGAGCGGCAGCGAUUACAAGCUCCUCUCGCAUUCCCCACCUCUACCCAAGGAAAAGUUGGAUCAAGUCAUGAAGGAGCUGAACCAGAGCAGAAAAGUCUGGGCUUGGGUCGUCAAGAUGAGAAGCCUGUUUAGAGAAGAGGUGGAAAGACUUCGAGCCGAGCGCAAAGCUAGGGGAGAUUAGACCUUUGGGAUGAAAAAGGCCCGCCUCGGCGUCACGUCUUGACAAUCCACGCAUACAUGCGCCGGUCCACUCGACAGCUUGCCUUGCCCCCCCUCCUACCCCUUUGCCCGCUCUUCGGUCCCGAUGAAUGCAUCCCGACGCGCAGCCGUCGCCCGCUCUCGCACACCGUGACACGCGCCUGAACUUUUCCGCAUCUUUCUCUCGUCUUGUCCUUUACAAACCCUUGCCCCUUCCUAGCUAGCUGUACCAACAUCGAAUAAAUGCACCGACGCGCGGCUACAGAUGACGGUACGGGUUCGUGUUGAGGUGUUGCCAUCCGCGGUGAUACGAGAGCGUGACAGGCAGCGCAAAAAGGAAACAGGGGCCGGGCCAC